CACAUUUGUUAAAUUGUUUUUAUUUGUUUGCUCUUAAUAAUUGAACAAAUUUUUACUUAUUUAAUUAAUGAUAGUAAUUAUAUAAAUUAGUAGUAGUUCGAAGAUUACAUGCUUAGAUUGUUAUCUAUACGUUGGAUACCUGUUCGUAAUAUGAGUAUAUUUACUCAAUGUUUGAAUCCCCUUACGGGUAUUGCAACUUGGGAAGAGAAAGAUCAAGAUUAUGACUAUCAUCAAGAAGUAGCAAGAUCAGCAUUUGCUGAUAUGUUACAUGAUCAUGAAAGAAAUCAAAAAUAUUAUAUUGCCCUUGAAGCUGCUAUUAAAAGUAAACAUGAGGCUGGAGAAGAAGCUAAUGUACUUGAUAUAGGUACUGGUACAGGUUUAUUAUCUAUGAUGGCAGCAAAAUGUGGAGCAGAUAGUAUAACGGCAUGCGAGGCAUUCAGUCCAAUGGCUAUGUGUGCUGUAACGAUUAUAAAAGAAAAUGGUUUUGUAGACAAAAUAAAAUUAAUACACAAACGUUCCACAGAAAUGACGGUGGGUAAAAAUGGUGAUAUGCCAAAAAGAGCAAAUAUUUUGGUGACAGAAGUAUUUGAUACUGAACUUAUUGGAGAAGGAGCACUAUCCACGUUUCGUCAUGCUCAUGAAACAUUACUUGAAAAAAAUAGUAUAGUAAUACCAAAUAGUGGUACUAUGUGGGCACAAGUUGUCGAAAGCAAAUCCGUUUGUGCAUGGAAUAGAAUAGAAUCGAUUAGUGAUAUUGAGACACAAAGAAUACUUAUAGAUGCUCCAUUAUGUAUAAAAUCAUGCUCUGGGGCCGCAGCUGUACAUGACAUUCAAUUGUCACGUCUUCCUCAUAACGAAUUUAAACCUUUAUUACCACCACAGCCUAUGUUUAGAUUUGACUGGUCUGGAAAUACCCCUUUGCAAUAUGACGAUAGGGUAUGUCUAGAUGUUUCACCAAUUAACAACGGUACUGCUCAUGCAAUUUUUUUGUGGUGGGAUUUAAAUAUGGAUACAGAAAAGAAGGUCUUGUUAAGCUGUGCACCUGUAUGGGAGCAUCCUGAGAUUAAAAAGUUGCCACAUAAUGAUGUAAAUUUUAAUGAAUUAGCAGAUGUAAUACCAUGGAGAGAUCAUUGGAUGCAAACUAUUUAUUAUCUCCCAUCAGAAGUACAAAUAAGUGUUAAUAAUAAUGUUAGCCUUGUUGGUUAUCAUGACGAAUAUUCUUUUUGGUUUGAUAUAAAGAAUGGUCCAAUAUUAAAAAUACCGAAUUAUGACAGACCAAUAUGUAAUUGCUGCACACACAUUGCUUACUCCAGAACACGUAUAGGUCAAUUGAAUGACAAAGAACGAAAUAAUAAAUAUAUAAAAGCAUUGUCCAAGAAGAUUAAACCAAAUUCUGUUUGUCUUUGUUUCUCAGAUGGAUGUUUCUUAGGUUUAGCUGCUGCACAGUUAGGUGCAAAAAAAGUAUAUAUGUUAGAAACAAAUUUUUUGUCUCAAAAAACUAUUGAAAUGUUUAUAAAGACAAAUAAUCUCGAAGACAAAGUAGAAAUUAUAAGUAAGGAUAAGUUGCCACCAGUUAAUAUGGUGGAUUUAAUUUUUGGUGAGCCAUACUUCAUUAGUUCUAUUGUACCAUGGGAAAACCUUCGUUUUUGGUAUCUUGCUUCACAAUAUUCAUCACGAGUUCAAAAGAUACCUAUAGCAGCUACAAUAAAAGCAGUUGCUGUCGAAUUUAAAGAUCUUCAUAAAAUCCGAGCACCUCUUGGUGUGUGUGAAGGUUUUGAUUUAUCUAGUUUUGAUAAGCUUGUUCAGGAAUCCAGUGACAAAAGUGAUAGUCCUGUAGAUGCACAACCUCUUUGGGAAUAUCCAGCUCAAGCACUGACAUUACCUUUUACUAUUAAAACAUUUGACCUAUCUACAAAUGUUCACGAUCAAAAACGUAUUCAAAUAUCGGAUGAUGUUCCUAUUUUACAGAGUGGUUCAUGCAAUGGAGUUGCAUUGUGGGUGGAUUGGCAAUUAGAUUCUGAGAUAAAUGUAUCUUGUGGCCCCACUCAAAAAAUAGUGCCUGGUAAAAGAAUAUUAUGGGAUAGAUUCACUAGGCAAGGUGUACAUAUCUUUCGAAACAUUAAAAAUGUUUCAUGUACAGACAUAUUAUCGUGGUCCUUUGUUUUUGUACCACAACAUGGAACUGUAGAGUUCCAAUUUAAGAUAAAUACCAGAAAACAAAAUAAGAAUGGUUAACAUUAAUGGUGAUUAUCUUAAUUGAAAAUAUUAAAUAAAAAAUAAAUGUUACUUUAUAUCAUUUUUAUACUCA